CGUGACAGUAUUUUUGUUUGUUUGUUUGAAGAGUGACUUUUGCCUUCUGAUUUCAAAAACUUCCCAGGAAUCAAAACCCUAUCUCCCCCCCCACCAAUCACAAACCCUACCUUCUCGAUUCUGCUCAUUAAAGAUUCCUCCGAUUCGAUUCAUCGAAGAUUCUCCUGAUUCGUCUCUUUCCGAGCUUAAAUUUCGUAGAUCAGAGAUUGCAAAAUCUAAACAUCGAUUUGGUGUGAACUUUGAACAUUCAAAGCUUAAAACUCAUUGAAUCUGUAAAAUUGAAGAUUUUGAUGGAGUGAUUGAAGGAGGGAGGAGAAGACGAUGACUGGAUUGGGCGUUCGAUCCAGUAGCAAUGGUUCCUUGGAGAAAACGGGACUCAACGGCGUCGUUUUAUCUAUCCAUACAACUAACACGACGCGUACAAAGGGAUCUAAGAUGCAGAAGGAGAGGGAAGGUCUCACGAUACCUUGGAUCUUCAAAUUCGCUGGACGUAAGAAGGUCGGCAUGUUGCUCCUCUUCUUAAUCUCCGCCGUCGUAUUCCUCCGCGUCCUCUUCGUCGGUAAAGGUGAAGCUGGUCAGGAAGUUCAGGUUCCUCCGAGUCUUCAUUUCAAUGGCACUUCUGUUGUAAAUCAUUUACGAACUAAUGAAGAGGAAAGCGUCAACAUUCGUAAUAUAUCUUUUCUGGGAUUGAAUGCUGUAUCGUCUCCUCCUAUACAUUUUCUUGGAUAUACGCUUCCUCAAGGACAUCCUUGUAGCAGUUUCACCUUACCUCCUCCACCUGCCGACAGAAAAAGAACAGGACCACGCCCAUGCCCGGUAUGUUACCUUCCAGUAGAAGAAGCAAUAGCGUUGAUGCCAAAUGCUCCGUCGUUUUCCCCUGUUCUGAAGAACUUGACGUAUAUAUAUGAAGAACCACUAAGCAGAGACACGGAGUUUGGAGGGUCUGAUUUUGGUGGUUAUCCUACUUUGAAACAUAGGAAUGAUUCUUUUGACAUUAACGAAACUAUGAGUGUACAUUGUGGGUUUGUCAAAGGACCUCAACCUGGUCGAAAUACAGGUUUUGACAUUGAUGAGGCUGAUCUUCUUGAAAUGAAGCAGUGCCGUGGGAUAGUUGUUGCUUCAGCUGUAUUUGAUGCUUUUGAUGAUGUAAAAGCCCCACAAAAUAUCAGCAAAUACUCGGAGGAAACAGUUUGCUUCUACAUGUUUGUUGACGAAGAAACUGAGUCAAUUUUGAAGAAAGAGCGAGGCCUUAACGGCAACAAGAAAGUAGGGAUAUGGAGAGUUGUUGUUGUUCAUAAUCUCCCUUAUUCAGAUGGAAGACGCAAUGGAAAGGUUCCGAAGCUUCUUGUUCAUAGGAUGUUUCCAAAUGCUCGCUAUUCUUUAUGGAUUGAUGGAAAACUUGAGCUUGUCGUCGAUCCACACCAGAUUCUGGAAAGGUUCUUGUGGAGGCAAAAUGCUACUUUUGCAAUCUCUAAACAUUACAAAAGAUUUGAUGUAUUAGUUGAAGCCGAAGCAAAUAAAGCUGCUGGUAAAUAUGACAACGCCUCUAUUGACUUUCAAGUGGAGUUUUACAAGAAUGAAGGGUUAACCCCAUAUUCUGUUGCAAAGCUCCCAAUCACAAGCGACGUACCAGAGGGGUGUGUCAUUUUAAGAGAGCAUGUUCCCAUAAGCAACCUCUUCACUUGUCUUUGGUUCAACGAAGUAGACCGAUUCACUUCUAGAGAUCAAAUCAGUUUCUCAACAGUACGAGACAAGAUUGCAGCUAAAACAAACUGGACAGUAAGCAUGUUCCUUGACUGCGAAAGACGCAACUUUGUAGUUCAGAGAUAUCAUCGAGCAGAGCAAGAGAGAUUUGCAAGGCAAAACCCACCAGUGCCUACUUUUUCUCCUCCUCCACCUUCACUACCUAUUACUACACCAGUUUUGAUCAGCAGCGAUUUGCCUAGGAAAGUCUCGAGUGGAAGAGCGGUUAGCAGAACGCCACCUAGAAGGCGUGGAAGACGGUCUGGUUCAAGAGGACACAGGAAAGCUAAUCUGCCUGUACGAUUACCAGAUUCAGCUUAAGACUGAAAGAAACAAAGCAUCUUGCUGAGAGUUAGGGUUUCUUCUUCUUCUUCGUCAUGGUCACUGUCAUCACCAAACACACAUUCAAAUUUUACGACACAGUUAUGUUCCUUUUUUUGUUUUGUUUCUUUAUUGAUUUUUUAAGGAUUCGAAAUCAUUUUUUCAAUGUAUAUAUAUAUUAUACACAGAUAACAUUUUUGUACUUGGAUAUUAAAUUAUAGUUUCGAAUUUUUUUGAAGAAAGUUAAAACUCUGUCUAAGAGUAGUUUUGAGUGUUGUAAUUUUUUUGUGAGAGUACAUAUUGAUUCAGG